GUGUUUUACGUGAAUUCUUGUUGUACAGAAAAGAGAUGAGUGGUAGGGGCAAAACCGGCGGCAAAGUUCGGGCUAAGGCCAAGACUCGGUCUUCCAGGGCUGGCUUGCAGUUUCCUGUUGGCCGUGUUCACAGGCUGCUCCGUAAAGGGAACUAUGCUGAGCGAGUUGGUGCUGGAGCUCCAGUCUAUUUGGCUGCUGUGCUCGAGUAUCUUACUGCUGAAAUCCUGGAGUUGGCUGGUAACGCUGCCCGCGACAACAAGAAGACGCGCAUCAUUCCUCGUCAUCUGCAGCUUGCCGUUCGUAACGACGAAGAGCUGAACAAACUGCUGGGCGGUGUGACUAUCGCUCAGGGCGGCGUGCUGCCCAACAUCCAGGCUGUACUGCUGCCCAAGAAGACCGAGAAGCCGGCUAAGACCAAAUAAACAUCGCAUUGCAUUAUCAAUCAAAAGGCUCUUUUAAGAGCCACCUACUUCUGUUCCAAAAGGGCUAAUUCUCAGGAUGCGAAGAUGAUGUAGUUCUGUGGCGAUCUGACAUUUCAAGUAACUAAUAUCUACGUUUAUUCUAUUAGGUUUGUAAUAUAUUGGUGAACAUUUGAGUUGCCUAUGCAGUAUUAUAGAUGUUUGUACGAGGUGUUUUUGUUUUGGUGUACUAGUGAUUUUGGGGGAAUCAAACGAGAUUCAGUUGUUGCAGCUCACAUGUAAAUGAUGAAUUGACUGCACCGGGAAGCAUCUGUGGGUGAUCACGUUUUAUGUAACUUUUUUUCCUAUAUUUUUUACAUGGUUUUGCUCCUGAAGUACAGUAUGGACAUACGCGUGGUUAAGGGGUUUAUUAGAAAUUAUAUGCUGCACUUGGUGUUGUCAUGCCCGGCUCGUCCGAUCGUCGUGUGCCACGCCCCCUGAUUUUCCACGUGUGAUUCCUCGAUCUUGCCCAGCUGUGUGAUUUAUUUUCACCCAGUCUUGUCUAUUUCAGUCUACGUUUUGCCCUGGUUGUUUGUCCGUCAUUGAUGUUAGUCGAUGUCUGAUGUCCCGUUUUUCCUCGAGCCUUCUUCCCUUCAAUAAAUCCCCGUAUUCAAACUCCUUGCCUGCUUCUUGCCCGUUCACGACAGGAGUUUUUCGUCAUGAAUGUAGCACAAUUGUGAUCCUCCAGCACAAAACCGUACUGAAGUCG